AUUACUUUUUAACGGAGCAAGAUCGAAAACCAGCGGCGCUGUAUUUUGGCCACUAGCAGCACCCGCCCCGCGUUGCCAAAGAGCUAUCAAGGCCAGGCAUCAGUGAUUGCUGUUACGGGAACCGACAGAGCUUUUGUUUUCUCUGCUAGAUAAGAUGGAAUUGUGUUAAGAUGGCAAUCGCAGUCUUUUGAUGAAUAGAUCAAACCUGUGUCUCUGAUUUUUUUCAAAUUCCCUUCCGGACUUUUCUGUGUAAAUAUUUCUGUUGGAACUCAAAGUGGUGAUUAAAAAAUCAAUACCGUGUCUUGCAAUACGUUUUGCUACCUUUCUUUCAAACGCGGGCAUUCACGUUUAUUCCAAAACAAUAUACACUGGAAAAGUUGUCACUUGGAGGGCUUUACCACUGAUCUUUCUACCAUUAUGAAGGAAUUACAAUGGAUAUGGUUGUUCGUUGGCUUACUGAGUCGCCCUGGACUCACGAGGAACCCGCCGCCUGUGGAGAAUACGUCGCCCUACUGCUCGUCCGUCUUCAACGUGUGGCAGCCUGGGCAUGAUGCUCAGAUGAUGUUCAGGGAAAUCUACUCCAAGGUUGAUAACCUCACCGCCUUCACGAAAUUUGAAGUUGCUGAGCUGAAAUCCUACAUGAUCCAGGAGUUGAGCAACAUCCGUAACUCGUCGUUUUCCUUGGAGAAACAGAUGCUUCUGAAGCAGAUAGACAUGAUGGACGAGGAGUUGGUGCAGAUGAAGCUAUACACGGGAACCUCCAAAGUGAAGACAGACUUACAGUCGGUCACUAGACGAGUAGAUCGCCUGGAGCGGUCACUGUACAGCCUGCAGACCAAACUACCCAACAGUCGCCUCAGCAAGAACCGGCCCAGGCACGACAGCUUGCCCCAGCAGCAGGGCGUCAACGCAGACAUUGCAAGCAUGCUGAAAAACAGUGUAGGAGACCUGAAAGCGGAGUGGCUUCUGCUGAAGAGGGACGUGGAGUCCCUGAAGAAAGAGAUGCACAAACUGAAGGACUACCGCAGCGCCGUCCUCAAUGAUACCUUCAGUCUGAAGGUGUCGCUGGACGCAGUUUUGUCCGACUCCAAGAAGCUAGAGAUGAAGACUUACGAAGUCGCCGACAUGCAGAACCGACUGGAUGCAAAGAUAGAGAGGCUCACCUCGGAUGUAGAGCAGCUCAGACUUGUGUUGAAUGAGCACAAGGAACAAGUGGAGCAACAAAAAAACACCAUGAACACGCUGCAAGACUCAUCCGUCCGCCUUCAGCGCGAACUCAACGAAGUGCACGUGCGUCUGGCACACGGAGGUCAGAUGUCACUCACGCCUUCACGUUCAGGAGAAACCCACUCCUCCUCUCUCAGUUCCGAGAACGUGGUGCUGAACGGCCCUCCAGAAACGCGAGUGAGUGGCAAGUCUUCUACAGGAGAGCGCAGUGCCUUCCCUCAGGCAGACUCGCAAUUCCCUUCGGAUUGCCACGACGUGUUUAACCAAGGCUUCCGCGUGAGUGCAGAAUACCAGAUCCUGCCACGGUCUAUGUCGCAGAUGCAGUCUGUCUACUGCCAGAUGAUCAACGGGACGGGGUACACUCUGCUCCAGAGGCGCAUCGACGGAACACUCAGCUUUAACCGACGGUGGCUGGAGUACCAGCACGGCUUUGGCAAUCCUUAUGGGGAGAUGUGGAUUGGAAACGAAUUAAUUCAUCAGCUCACUACGCAGGUGAGCGGAGAGGAGAACAACUACCAGCUUCACGUUGACGGCUACACGGGGACUGCGGGAGACUCGCUGCUCUACCACAACAAGAUGGCCUUCAGCACCGAGGACGCGGACAACGACCUGCACGAACGACACUGUGCGGCCGAGAACAAGGGCGGCUGGUGGUACCGUAGCUGUUUCUCCAGUCAGCUGAAUGGCAUCUAUCACACCGCCUGGUACAGACAGAACAGCUACGCCGACGGGAUCGCCUGGUACACUCUCAAAGACGACGAGUUCUACUCGCUGAAGAAGGUGGAGAUGAAGAUCAAACCAGCCAGCCCUUAGACAGAUCGGGAGGGCUUCUGUAACGAGCGACCACUAUGAGACAAAGUUAGAAUAGAGGGGUAGGGGUAGGGUUUAGGGUUUAGGGUUUAG